GUCAGUGCUAUUCUUUUCUGUCUGUCAACAGAUCCGAGACCUGCGUACAGAGAUUGCAACGCCCUCGGAUAGUCGCCCUGGCCAUACCGCGUAUACAAGUAACCAAAUCACACGAUGUCAACGGGAAUACUCAAGGUCAAAGGCAGCCAGGUCGUAGACGAGAAUGGCGCGGAGGUGCUCCUCCGCGGCGCUGCCAUAGGAGGAUGGGCCAACAUGGAGAACUUCAUCACCGGAUUCUCCGGCCACGAGUCCCAGCAUCGUGCCGCCAUGCGCAAGGUACUCGGACCCGAAAAAUACGAGUUUUUCUUCGACCGCUGGCUGGAGUACUUCUUCACCGAAGCCGAUGCCAAGUUCUACGCGGAGCUGGGAUUGAAUUGUCUGCGGAUUCCGUUCAACUUCCGGCACCUGGAGGAUGAUAUGAACCCACGGGUUCUGAAGGAGGGCGGGUUCAAGCACCUGGAUCGGGUGAUUGAUCUUUGCGCCAAAGAGAAGAUCUAUACGAUCCUCGAUAUGCAUACCACCCCCGGUGGGCAGAACCCGGACUGGCACUCGGACAAUCCCACCAAUUACGCCGCCUUCUGGGACUAUAAAGAUCACCAGGACCGGACGGUGUGGUUGUGGGAGCAGAUUGCGGCGAGGUAUAGGGGGAACCCGUGGGUAGCGGGUUACAACCCUCUCAAUGAGCCCUGUGACCCGGAGCAUGUGCGCCUACCAGCCUUCUACGAGAGGAUUGAGCAGGCGAUCAGACGGGUCGAUCCGGACCACAUUCUCUGGCUGGAUGGGAAUACUUUCUCUAUGGAGUGGAAGGGUUUUGAUAAGGUGCUUCCGAAUUGUGUUUACUCAAUUCAUGAUUAUGCGUCCAUGGGGUUCCCUACUGGUCAAAGGUACAAGGGCACUCCGGAGCAAAAGCAGCACCUCGAGCGGUCAUACCUCCGAAAAGUCGAAUUCAUGAAUCAGCAUAGCACUGCCAUUUGGAAUGGAGAGUUCGGCCCCGUCUACGAGAAUCCGCGGACCGAGGUGGACGCCGAUGCGAUCAACGAGGAACGGUACAAUCUGCUUGGCGAGCAGCUGCGCAUUUACGAUAAGUAUAAGAUUCACUGGUCGAUCUGGUUGUACAAGGAUGUCGGCCUGCAAGGUAUGAUCCAUACGAGCCCCGACAGCAAAUGGAACAAGAGGAUCCAGUCGUUCUUGGAUAAGAAGAGCCAGCUCUGGCUUGAUGCUUGGGGCCGGGCACCGUAUUCGGAGCCUGCAGCGGCGCUAAAACCACUGGUGGACUGGAUUGAUAAGGUCCAGCCUCGAGCGAAGGAGGCCUACCCUACUCCGUGGGGCACGGAACGCCAUGUGCUGCGAGCUGUUUUCCAAACGUUCCUGGCUGCGAGCUUCGUGGAUGAAUUCGCGGAGCUGUUCCGUGGGCUGAAUGAGAAGGAGCUGGACGAGUUGGCGCACAGCUUUCAUUUUGAUGAAUGUGUGAAGCGAAAUGGACUGAACAAGAUCCUGAAGGAGCAUGCUCGAAUGCCUGGCCAGUGAGCACUCACUCAUCAUUAGUGUAUAUCAUAGAGAAGUAAAUAUGCUAAAUGCCACGGCCAUGUCGAACCGUACUCUCACCGCCCGGGGGGCAUCCUUAUCGAUAGUCGGCAGAAAAAAAAGACCCCCACCAUCC